GAUUCGCGGAGAGACUAAAAGAGACAACAAAUUAUUAUACAUUGGUGGACCACACUCCGUGGUGGUUGACUAAUUUGACAAAGUAUUUCGUAACGAAAGUCAAUAUAAUCAUAACCGCAUACAAACAAACACACACACACACACAAAGAGAUAUAUAAUAGUAAAAAUAGUAAGUGUAAGGUCCCGGUGCGAUCAGCCACCAAAUGGGCAUCACGUGACCAUCAUCAUCCCCCUCAUGUAAAUAGCACAAUCUGAUAGAUCUCGACGGUGGUUGAAAGGAACACACUUAGCAGCAGCAGAACACAGUAAUACGAUUACGAUACGAACGAGACUCGCAGGCUCAACUGAGAACCUGACCUUUCACCAGACAACUGGACCUAUAAAAAACAACUGCAAACGGUCUCUGACCGCCAAGUGCAGCCCGCCGUCAGGCCAAGGAUCGGACACUUCACACGUGCUGCCAUCACUAAUGGUGCGCGUUGCAUUGCAGUUUAUUGCAUUUCAUUUCUUCGCAGCUUCCGCACUCUGCGCUAUAGGUUUGACCGUUCUCCUUCCGGCUCUAGGCCCUCAUCUGUCUGCCGCUGCAUGUUUAUGCAUGAGGUCACACUCUAAGCCAAUACUUUUGCAAAACAUUUGCUCAACUUCCUCUCCCUCCUCGCCCCCGGUAGCCGGGAAGGGCUCCCACCCCCCUCCACAAUGAAGAAGCGGAAAUGUGUUACAAUAAAGCGCCCGCGCCCGAGUCGCUAUUAUUACGUUUAAGCAGUGUUUGUGGUUGUGAUAAUUUGGCCAAACCAACUAAUUAGGACGAGAACGAUGCACGCUGAUGUCUUGGGUUGUUUGUUGUGCACGAAGCAAAUGCACACAUUGCGCGUUAAUGCGUGUUGGUUGAACACGAAAUCUGGUUAGCGGACUCGCGAGGUAUUAAUGUUGUUGAUUAAUGAUGUUGCUGUGCCACCUCACCAGCUAAUGCGUAAAUUGUGCGAGUAAUACCUUGGGUGUAUUGGCCGUGUCCAGGGCUAUCAAGGGUCUUUUGGUAGAGGUAGAGGGCAGGGAGCAAGAGACGCAGCCGAGCAUUGUACCAGGGUUAGUGAAAAACAUGCGGAAUGCACCAAUUAAAAUGGAUACACGAGCGGGGAGGGUAGGAUGAACUGUUAAACCAAUUACUGUUUGUAUCGAGCAAAACGGGAAACGGGAACUGUAGAGGAAUUAGACGUUGUUUAACGACAGCUGGCUGAUCGAAUCCCCCCCACGGCUGGAGUGAAUCAUGAGUUGAUUAAUCGUGUUUAGGUACAUCACUCCGUGGCACAGAAAACUCCAUUUAUGUUGCAGCUCUCAUUCCCGGUGAUGGCCUGACAAAAGGGGAAGAGCCCAUUUUUUUAUUGAAGAAACGAUACGAACCGGAAAACUAGAUGUCAUGGUAAGGUGACGUAUGUCUGUCUGUCUGUCUGUCUGUGUGUGUACGUGUCUGUGUGUUGCAAAGCAGCAGCAAGCAAAUAAAUAAUACUUUAAUACGAUAAGCACAACAAGCAGCAAAGAAGAGCAACAAGCAGCAGAAAGCUGCCCGUGGUUGAAUAAUAAAGAAGAAGUAAUUAAAACGAACGGAAUUCUCUGAUGCCAAAAUAGAAGUGAAGCUCAUCCUAGCACGUUACAAGCAGAACUUACAACGUAACAAACUAAUCAGCUAAUCGCAAUCGGGUAAAAGGUGAACCGAAGCGGCAUAGAAGCAUCACAGCAACCCAAAACGAGAAAAAAAGAGCAAAUCCAAACCAAACCACACCCAUUGUACACAUGUGAACGUUUGACGAUUGAUUUUGAUAGAAUUGUACAGGAUAAUCAGUUUGUAAAACCGGCACGCAACAGAGCGAUGGGAAAACGAGGGCGUGGGGGUGGGGCUCUAGCAUCCCCUCUAGCAACGCCUCAACGGUGUCCCUUCCCUGCUCUGGUGCAGUCGGGUAGUAGUACUAAUAGAAGUAGUAGUAGUAGUGGCGGUGGUCAUGAGCCCGUUCUACACGACACGAGAGAUAACACGAGAUCGAGGGCAACACUAACUCUGUGUCUCUGCUCCGUAUGUAUGUAUGUUUAGUGUUAUGUAGCCCUCAUAUAGCUAUGUAAGAUGAUGUUGAUGCCAGGCAGCGUCCUGGGCUUGUCCUUGUCCUGAGAGCGGAGCGCCCGGGACGAAAAACAAAAUGGAACAAAACACAGAAACCCAUAUGGAUGUGAUUAGUAUUAUUCAAACUUUGUACUGUUGGAUCCCGAAGGGAAACAAUCACACACACACAAACACAAGAAGAAGAGUUAGAAAAAAAGAAAGAGAGAGUCAGGAACGGAGCUGGAAGCUCCGGAAAAGAUAAAAUUCGUACAACGAGAAUGGGUGAGGUUGGAGGACAAAACUAUUUAAAGAAGAAGAAAAUUCCAACCUCAAAUAAAAACCAAGUAUUGAAGGGCAAUGCACGCACGAUGUGUACAUGUGUGUGUGUAUUGGCCCCAUCGGUGUGUGUGUGUAUGUACGUAUGUGAAAAUGCUUUAGAAAUCGCGGGAGCGCUUUUUUCGUAUUCAAACACAGAUUAGCGAAGAUAGAUAUGAUGCAUUAUACAUAAUAAAUAUACCAUCCCGCAACAUCCCGCAACCCCCUUCCCCCUCUCCCAUAUAUACAUAAAAACAGAUAUACCCACACACACACACACACACAUACACGCCCCAUAUAUACAUGAUAUAUGCGCAUCAUUUUGUAGUGUACCCGAUGGGUGGAUGAUAGAUAGAGCAGCAGCGCAUAACGGCGCAGAUGUGCGAUGUUGGCAAGGAUGAUUAUGCAAAAAUUCGUUCCAAAACAAUUGGUUUCAUGUUAAAUUGUGGCGGUUUGUUUUGCUGUAGGCGAAGAAGAGGCAUUGUUUGCGAAGGAUAGAAAAGGGUAUAGUCCACAAAACAAAGAAAAAUGGGAAAACAAAUCCAAAAACAAACAUACAAACACAGUCACACAGUCGCAGUAAAACAUAUACCGCCUUGUCGCGGGGGUAAAAUGGCGCUCUGUAUAGUAAAAUUUAUCGACAUGAUAAAAGAUUAGUAAUGGGGAGGUACUUCCCACUGGGCAUUGGUUGCCGGCGCCCAUUCUAAAAACCCGGGCCAGCCCCCUUCAGUAGCGCCAACAUUCAAUGUUACAGCUUGCUGCGAUGGGUUGCGCGAUUUUUUGAUAAAUGAUGCAACAGGUGUUAAGGCAUCGGCGAACAUCGAAGGAAGCACCGGAAGGUUCUUUGACACAACCAAUGGCGCAUUACCAGCAAACAAGCAAGGAGUGUGAGAAUGGGGCGGUCGAUGAUGUCGAGAAGGAAGAUUAGCUGAACGUACAUACAUACAUACAUACAUAACACGUACAUAUGUAUGCCUGUGUGCAUUGAAAACACACCUAUAUUUAUAUAUUUACACAAGUAAGAAGGCAACCAAUACGGGCAACGUGUUUUAGAAAGAGAAGAAGAAAAAAAGCGGAGGGAAAAGCAACACAGUCGAACAAAAAACGGAACUGAACGAAGAAUGGGAAGGGUUUGUGAAUAGGGGAAAUGGGGAGAAUAAAGUUCAUUAAGCUGUAGAAGAAGAAGUAAAACAAAUGCAGCAUGCGAAAAGAAACACAUACAACACAACCGAGAACACUAACAAGGUAUCCUAAACGAUAGAGCCAUCGUGCGCCAUUGAGAAUUGAAAACAAGUUGUUGCAGCAGCUGCAGCAGCAACUGCAGCAGCAACGUGAACCGUUGGAGGGAGAACAAGAUUUAGCUACGUAAGAUAUAAGUCUAACUAACCAUUCGUGUAAACCAACCAGCAAACAAGUGUCCACCCGCGCCCACCUUCCUUCCCCGUAACAAAAAAAAAAAAAACAACAACAACAAAGACAACAAAAUACGAGUGAAGCGAAGCGGAAUGUGGAGUAGAGAAUGUUAAAACAAAACCGAAAUAAAGUAAUAAAAUAAAACCUAAGAUGGAUCCAAGUGGAAGUAAAACAUGCUUUAAUUACCUGUGAGUGUGAUCUGUAUGUAUGUGUAUGUUUGUGUGUGUGUGUGCAUGGAUGUGCGCGUGUAUGCAAGUGUGUCUGUGUGUGUGUGAGAGAGAGAAUGUAUGUGUACAUAAAGGUGAGAUGGAGUAGAAACACCGGCAGACGGUUCGGAGGCGAAGGCGGAGGACACACGAUGUGUGUGUGUGUGGCGGCGCGAAGAGUGCACUGCAAGGUUUGCUGGUUUAACGACAAUUUAUUAACGGAUUCUUCCGGCAAGAACGCUGGAACGGUGGAAGGUCAGGCGAUGAGUGCUCGCUAAGCCGCCAAACAUUUGCAUUCCACAGGCUCGCUGGCUGGCAGGGGUCACUGAUCGAUGGAAGGUGCGAUCAGUGUGAGAAUAUGAAUAUGAAUGUAUAUCUGCCACCGUUUCCGUUCCGUUACGAUUCGUUUCGUUUUUCGUUUCCGAAACCGAGAAACUCAAGCAGCAAAGUAAGAAAGUUGUUGUAGCAAAAAACCUCCCAAAAAAAAAACACCGUCUAAAGAAAAUAUGUAACUAAAUUUAAUCGACAGCUAGGCGCAAAUAAUGUGUGCAAAGGAGCAAAGAGAAGGAGAGAAGAAGACGACCAGUGACCGGGUGGUGGAAUGCUGGAGCUAAAGGACAGAAAACAGUAUUAAUGUUAUUUAUUUACUGAUAUUUAUGUAUAAAAAUGAACAAACGAAAAACGAUAAAAAAAGGAAAACACAAAUCAAACCCAAAACACACACACAAACACACACAAACACACACACUCAAUCGUACGGCGAACGUUACAGCAAAUGGCACACUUGGACUGAGUAAGAGGAAGCGCAGAUAAGAAAACACAAAACACAAAAACAGAAAACGUUGAAAUGAUUUGAAAAAUAGGCAAAGAUAUGUUACAAAUGCAAAAAACGGGCGAUGUCCUUGUGCAAAGUGGACAAUGAAUGCGAAAAAAACAGCAAAGCACAAACCGCCGUACCAGUCCCUGUGAAUCGUACAUGCAUUAAUCAAGACUCCAUUCAGAAAAAAACACAUACACACUUACCCACAGUAUCACACACACACGUUGACCCAGAAAAAUGUUGUAAGGAAACUCUUAUCAUAACUGACUAAUAAACAAAUAAUG